AUGGUAUCUGGACAAGGUAUAACGUAUGAAGAGGAGGUAGAUGAUUAUACAGAAGAUUAUCCAAUCACAAGAGAAAUAGAUGAAUUCGAUGAUAUGGUGGCAUCUGGACAAGGUAUAACGUUUUUAUCCGACAACAUCGAGGAACUACUUAAUAGAUUACGAGUAAUAUUAGCGGCAAUGCAUGAAGGACAUCGAUCACACAGACAAUUUAAUGAAGUGAAUUGUAUAUUAAAAAGACUCCUAGAAAAAGAUCAGAAUAAGAACAGAAGAAAACCCAAUAUCAAGACCCUUAAUCCUAAUUUCUAA